UUUAGGGCUGUCUGUCUCUCUCUUUCUCUUUCUCUCUCUCUCUCUCUUUCCUCUCUCCUCUCUCUUUCUUAGGAUUCUCUCUCCUCUCUCCUAUCCCCCCCACCCCUCUCUCUCUCUCUCUCUCUCUCCUGAAGGAAAAACCCUAAAAGAGCUGUUUACCCACAAUCUGAUGGACGACGACGGAUUCAAUAUACGGAAUUGGGGUUAUUAUGAACCUUCCCUAAAGGGGCAUCUAGGUCUGCAGCUCAUGUCAUCUGUGGCGGAGCGUGACACAAAAUCUUUCCUGUCUGGGCGUGAGCAUGCUGUGAUGGUAUGCGCCAAUGGGAGUUUUCAUCCUCGGGAUUGUGUAGUCUCGGAGGCCCCUGUACACAUGGAGUAUAUGAGGGACGGUUGGGUAAACCAGAGAGAAAAAUUUCUGAAUAUGUUACCAGGAAAUCCUAAUUAUGCAAUUCUUCCUGAACCUUCUGCAAGUCAUUCUAUGCAGAUUUUACAGGCACCUGAUACAUCAAAGGAUACCAGGGUGGCCAUGGAAGAUCCAGGUGCUAGGAAGGAAAGUGGCUCUUUGAAGAAAAGAACAGCUGGAAGCACUCCAAAAGCCCCGAAAUCUAAAAAGCCUAAGAAAAGCCCCCCUGUGCCAAAGGAAAAUGGGAAUUCUUCUGUUCAACGAGUGAGACCAGCUAAGAAGAAUAUGAAUGUUGUUAUAAAUGGAAUUGACAUGGAUAUUUCAGGUAUUCCCAUUCCGAUUUGCUCGUGUACUGGAACUCCCCAGCAGUGUUAUCGAUGGGGAUGUGGUGGUUGGCAGUCAGCUUGUUGUACUACAACUAUAUCUCUCUACCCCUUGCCAAUGAGCCAAAAAAGACGGGGAGCAAGGAUAGCUGGAAGGAAGAUGAGCCAGGGUGCAUUCAAGAAGGUUUUGGAGAAACUUGCGGCAGAAGGUUACAAUUUUGCUAAUGCAAUUGAUUUGAGGACUCACUGGGCAAAACAUGGUACCAACAAGUUUGUGACAAUCAGGUAGAUUUGCAAUGGUGGUAUCAUCGCUGGACCCACCGCAUCUGGUCUAUUUUACCUGUAUAUAUCAUGUGGCCUUUUGCAGAGGUUUAUCUGAUACUUUUAGUAGUCAUGAACUUUGCAUAGUCAUGAUACAUGUUUUCUAUGAUUAGAUAUCUUGGUUCCGCCAAAGUUGUUAUUCAAUUCUCCUGUUUCUGUUUCGAUGGAUUCCAAUUUCUGGCCCUAAAAAUGUAGGAUCCUGGAUGAAUUUUUAUUUAUUGAGCUGUUUAAGGUAACUCAGUGCUGCCUUUUUA